AUGGGCUCCAGCCCCUCCUCCUACGCCCCAAAAACCAUCUACCUCAAUGUGGACGGAAAGAUCCAGAAGGUGGUCUUCAGUCGUCACUGCAGUCCAUGUGACAUCAAAGAGCUGUUGUGUUCCUCCUCCAACAUCCCCAGGAACAACGCCAUCAUGAUGGUGGACCCAGAGGGGGCCAUGGUCUCCAUAGACCCCACCAUGCCGCCCAACUCUCCAAAUACCUUGUACAAAGUGGUCCCUCUCUCCACUGGUCAGCUUGGAGAGAAAGAAGACAUGUUUCAGAAUGUGUUGUCUCAGGUGGCUGAGCAGUUUAGCAGAGCUUUCCGUAUCAACGAGCUGAAGACGGAGGUGACAAACAGACUAGCUAUGCUGGAGAAGAGAGUGGAACUGGAGGGCUUGAAGGUGGUGGAGAUCGAGAAGUGUAAAAACGACCUGAAGAAGUUACGAGAUGAGAUGACCUCACGAGUUGGGGGCAGAGUGAACUGCCCUUGCAAAUACAACUUCUCAGAUGAUGGAAAGAAGCUGACUCCAAGACGUGAUGUGCCCAGCUAUCCAAAGUACACCUUGUCUCAGGAGACAAUCGAGGCACUGAAGAAGCCCACCUUUGACGUCUGGCACUGGGAACAUAAUGAGAUGCUGAGCUGUUUGGAGUAUAUGUAUCACGACCUCGGGCUAGUGAGGGAAUUCAACAUGAACCCCAUCACUCUCAAACGCUGGCUGCUGGGCAUCCAAGAGAACUACCGUAGCAACCCCUUCCACAACUUCCGCCAUUGCUUCUGCGUCAGCCAGAUGAUGUAUGGGAUGAUCCAUCUCUGCAACCUCCAGGAGAAGUUGACUCUGACCGACAUGGGCAUCCUCAUGACGGCCGCAGUGUGCCACGACCUGGACCACCCCGGCUACAACAACACCUACCAGAUCAAUGCCCGCACGGAGCUGGCGGUGCGCUACAACGACAUCUCUCCCCUGGAGAACCACCACUGUGCCGUAGCCUUUCAGAUCCUCUGUCUGCCCGAGUGCAACAUCUUCGCCAACGUGGACCUUGAGGCGUUCAAACAGAUCAGACAGGCCAUCAUCACCCUGAUCCUGGCCACGGACAUGGCGCGACAUGGCGAGAUCUUGGAGUCCUUCAAGCAGAAAGUGGACAGCUUCGACUACGCCAAUGAGGAGCACGUCACAUGCUUGAAGAUGGUGUUGAUCAAGUGCUGCGACAUCUCCAACGAGGUGAGGCCCACGGAGGUGGCGGAGCCCUGGGUGGACUGCCUGCUGGAGGAGUACUUCAUGCAGAGCGACAGGGAGAAGUGUGAGGGCCUUCCCGUCGCCCCCUUCAUGGACCGGGACAAAGUCACGAAGCCCACCGCUCAGAUCGGCUUCAUCAAGUUCGUCCUCAUCCCCAUGUUUGAGACAGUCAUGAAGCUCUUCCCCCAGAUCGAGGAGAUCAUGGUGCAGCCGCUGAGGGACUCCCGCGACCACUACGAGGAGCUGAAGCAGAUCGACGACGCCAUGACUGAAGCACAGAAGAAAAAAACUGAAAAUAUGUCAUUAGGCGGCAAGAAGAAGUAA